AUGGGAAGAGAGGGCCCAGCCGGCUUGAUGCGGUCACCGGUCAGGCUAAGUGACAUCAAAAGUUUUUCUCUCUACUUACUUUCGCCUCUCUCUGUUUUCACAUUCUUCUCUUCGAUACCCCUCCCUCUUUUUCUCUUAUCUCUGCUUACAUUUGCCUCUCGUUCCUCCUCCCACUCCCUCUUAUCUCUUCUUACUUUCGCCUCUCUCGUGUCUUCCAUUUCUUCUGUUCGCUCCCCUUCACUCUCUUUCGUCAUUCUCUCUCUGGCCUCUUCGAUUUCUUCUUUUCGAUACCCCUCGCUCUUUUUCUCUUAUCUCUGCUUACAUUUGCCUCUCGUUCCUCCUCCCACUCCCUCUUAUCUCUUCUUACUUUCACCUCUCUCGUGUCUUCUAUUUCUUCUGUUCUCUCCCCUUCACUUUCUUUUGUCAUUCUCUCUCUGGCCUCUUCGAUUUCUUCUCUUCGAUACCCCUCCCUCUUUUUCUCUUAUCUCUGCUUACAUUUGCCUCUCGUUCCUCCUCCCACUCCCUCUGAUCUCUUCUUACUUUCACCUCUCUCGUGUCUUCCAUUUCUUCUGUUCUCUCCCCUUCACUCUCUUUCGUCAUUCUCUCUCUGGCCUCUUCGAUUUCUUCUCUUCGAUACCCCGCCCUCUUUUCCUCUUAUCUCUGCUUACAUUUCCCUCUCGUUCCUCCCUCCCACUCCCUCUUAUCUCAUCUUACUUUCGCCUCUCUCGUGCUUUCCAUUUCUUCUGUUCUCUCCCCUUCACUCUCUUUGGUCAUUCUCUCUCUGGCCUCUUCGAUUUCUUCUCUUCGAUACCCCUCCCUUUUUUUCUCUUAUCUCUGCUUACAUUUGCCUCUCGUUCCUCCUCCCACUCCCUCUUAUCUCUUCUUACUUUCGCCUCUCUCGUGUCUUCCAUUUCUUCUGUUCGCUCCCCUUCACUCUCUUUCGUCAUUCUCUCUCUGGCUUCUUCGAUUUCUUCUCUUCGAUACCCCUCCCUCUUUUUCUCUUAUCUCUGCUUACAUUUGCCUCUCGUUCCUCCUCCCCUCCCUCUUAUCUCUUCUUACUUUCGCCCUCUCUCGUGUCUUCCAUUUCUUCUGUUCUCUCCCCUUCACUCUCUUUCGUCAUUCUCUCUCUGGCCUCUUCGAUUUCUUCUCUUCGAUACCCCUCCCUCUUUUUCUCUAAUCUCUGCUUACAUUUGCCUCUCGUUCCUCCUCCCACUCCCUCUGAUCUCAUCUUACUUUCGCCUCUCUCGUGUCUUCCAUUUCUUCUGUUCUCUCCCCUUCACUCUCUUUCGUCAUUCUCUCUCUGGCCUCUUCGAUUUCUUCUCUUCGAUACCCCUCCCCUUUUUCUCUUAUCUCUGCUUACAUUUGCCUCUCGUUCCUCCUCCCACUCCCUCUUAUCUCUUCUUACUUUCACAUCUCUCGUGUCUUCCAUUUCUUCUGUUCGCUCCCCUUCACUCUCUUUCGUCAUUCUCUCUCUGGCCUCUUCGAUUUCUUCUCUUCCAUACCCCUCCCUCUUUUUCUCUUAUCUCUGCUUACAUUUGCCUCUCGUUCCUCCUCCCACUCCCUCUUAUCUCUUCUUACUUUCGCCUCUCUCGUGUCUUCCAUUUCUUCUGUUCGCUCCCCUUCACUCUCUUUCGUCAUUCUCUCUCUGGCCUCUUCGAUUUCUUCUCUUCGAUACCCCUCCCUCUUUUUCUCUUAUCUCAGCUUACAUUUGCCUCUCGUUCCUCCUCCCACUCCUUCUUAUCUCUUCUUACUUUCGCCUCUCUCGUGUCUUCCAUUUCUUCUGUUCUCUCCCCUUCACUCUCUUUCGUCAUUCUCUCUCUGGCCUCUUCGAUUUCUUCUCUUCGAUACCCCUCCCUCUUUUUCUCUUAUCUCUGCUUACAUUUGCCUCUCGUUCCUCCUCCCACUCCUUCUUAUCUCUUCUUACUUUCGCCUCUCUCGUGUCUUCCAUUUCUUCUGUUCUCUCCCCUUCACUCUCUUUCGUCAUUCUCUCUCUGGCUUCUUCGAUUUCUUCUCUUCGAUACCCCUCCCUCUUUUUCUCUUAUCUCUGCUUACAUUUCCCUUUCGUUCCUCCGUCUCACUCCCUCUUAUCUCUUCUUACUUUCGCCUGUCUCGUGUCUUCCAAUUCUUCUGUUCUCUCCCCUUCACUCUCUUUGGUCAUUCUCUCUCUGGCCUCUUCGAUUUCUUCUCUUCGAUACCCCUCCCUCUUUUUCUCUUAUCUCUGCUUACAUUUGCCUCUCGUUCCUCCUCCCACUCCCUCUUAUCUCUUCUUACUUUCGCCUCUCUCGUGUCUUCCAUUUCUUCUGUUCGCUCCCCUUCACUCUCUUUCGUCAUUCUCUCUCUGGCUUCUUCGAUUUCUUCUCUUCGAUACCCCUCCCUCUUUUUCUCUUAUCUCUGCUUACAUUUCCCUCUCGUUCCUCCCUCCCACUCCCUCUUAUCUCAUCUUACUUUCGCCUCUCUCGUGCUUUCCAUUUCUUCUGUUCACUCCCCUUCACUCUCUUUCGUCAUUCUCUCUCUGGCCUCUUCGAUUUCUUCUCUUCCAUACCCCUCCCUCUUUUUCUCUUAUCUCUGCUUACAUUUGCCUCUCGUUCCUCCUCCCCUCCUUCUUAUCUCUUCUUACUUUCGCCUCUCGUGUCUUCCAUUUCUUCUGUUCUCUCCCCUUCACUCUCUUUGGUCAUUCUCUCUCUGGCCUCUUCGAUUUCUUCUCUUCGAUACCCCUCCCUCUUUUUCUCUUAUCUCUGCUUACAUUUGCCUCUCGUUCCUCCUCCCACUCCUUCUUAUCUCUUCUUACUUUCGCCUCUCUCGUGUCUUCCAUUUCUUCUGUUCUCUCCCCUUCACUCUCUUUGGUCAUUCUCUCUCUGGCCUCUUCGAUUUCUUCUCUUCGAUACCCCUCCCUCUUUUUCUCUUAUCUCUGCUUACAUUUGCCUCUCGUUCCUCUCCCCCUCCUUCUUAUCUCUUCUUACUUUCGCCUCUCUCGUGUCUUCCAUUUCUUCUGUUCUCUCCCCUUCACUCUCUUUGGUCAUUCUCUCUCUGGCCUCUUCGAUUUCUUCUCUUCGAUACCCCUCCCUCUUUUUCUCUUAUCUCUGCUUACAUUUGCCUCUCGUUCCUCCUCCCACUCCUUCUUAUCUCUUCUUACUUUCGCCUCUCGUGUCUUCCAUUUCUUCUGUUCUCUCCCUUCACUCUCUUUUGUCAUUCUCUCUCUGGCCUCUUCGAUUUCUUCUCUUCGAUACCCCUCCCUUUUUUUCUCUUAUCUCUGCUUACAUUUGCCUCUCGUUCCUCCUCCCACUCCCUCUUAUCUCUUCUUACUUUCGCCUCUCUCGUGUCUUCCAUUUCUUCUGUUCGCUCCCCUUCACUCUCUUUCGUCAUUCUCUCUCUGGCUUCUUCGAUUUCUUCUCUUCGAUACCCCUCCCUCUUUUUCUCUUAUCUCUGCUUACAUUUCCCUCUCGUUCCUCCCUCCCACUCCCUCUUAUCUCAUCUUACUUUCGCCUCUCUCGUGCUUUCCAUUUCUUCUGUUCACUCCCCUUCACUCUCUUUCUCUUAUCUCUACCUUUAUUCGCCUCUUCCCCCACCUCCCUCUCUCUCUUAUCUCUUACUUUCGCUUCUCUCGUGUCUUCCAUUUCUUCUGUUCACUCCCCUUCACUCUCUUUCGUCAUACUUUCUCUCUCCUCUCUUCACUUUCUUCUAUUCGAUCCUCUUCCCUCUCUUUCGCUUAUACCUUAUCUCUACUUACACUCGCCUCUCGCUCCCCCCCACUCUCUUAUCUUUUUACCUUCGUGUCUUUCGUGUCUUCAAUUCCUACUCUUCUAUCCCCCUCCCUCUCUUAUCUCUACUUCCUUUGGCCUCUUUCGUGUCUUCAUUUUCUUCUAUUCGCUUCCCCUCCCCCUCUUUCUCUUACAUAUUAACUCUACUUACUUUCGCCUCUCGCUCCCCCUCCAUCUCUCUCUUUCUCUUUUUUCCAUAAUCUUUUCUUCUCUCUCACUUCUUAUCCGUUUUCUCUCUCUCUAUCCCCAUUACUUCUUCACUCUUCUAGCGACUUUCAAGAUACCAACGUGA